AUGGAUCCAAAAAUACCGCAGAAACUGCAGAGUCUAUACAUAAUGGGUGGAAAUAUGGAAUCAAGAGGAAACACCACUUGUUGUGGAGAGUUUAACUUCCUUGCAGAUCCAGAAGCUGCCUACAUAGUUUUGAAUGACUAUUUGUGUAAAACCUACAUUGCUACUUGGGAGCAUUCAUGCCGCUCUAAACUUUCAUGGGAAUGGUAUGAUAACUGGGUCAACAUGGGGACAAAAAAAUCUAACUUCAUAAAGAAGAUAUAUGCUCACAGCUUGCAGUACUCAAGAAGUGAUAAGGAAGAGAAAGCCAUUGUAGAUGGACCUGGAUUUGUCUCUUGUGACUCCUAUGCCAUAGCUGCAGCCAUUGAUCCCAGCACUGUUACCAAAUUCAUUGAAUGUGGGGUGACUGUGGAGCUUUCUGGAAAGUUCACUCGGGGAAUGAUGGUGCUGGAUUUGAUUGAUGAACUAAAGAAGAAAAACAAAGCUGUUAUUAUGAAUGGAUGCGAUCUGGAAAAAUUUAGCAAGCUUAUGGAGUCUUCUCUUAAAUAG